UUAAAAAAGAAUUGUAUUUUUAUUCAUCAACUUCAAUACAAAACAAUGUAAAUAACAGUGAAUAUUUUCUAACGACUCCAAAGUUUUAUUGUGUUUUAAAAAUAAUGUCUCUCCCCGGACUACCUCCUUUACCUAAAAGUCUCAGCGGUUUCAAACUCCAAGAAUAUCCUUCACACCUUCCUCCAACUCCAAUUCGAACCUCGUCUAUCCGCUCAACUGUAUCACAUUCCUCUAAUCAAAUGUUGUAUCCCGAAUCAAACGUACAUUUAAUACCAAUCGGGGGAAGUUCUCGACGAUCUUCGAAUCUCGAUACGAAAUUAGCCGUUUUAAAACAAGAAAUGUACAAUCUGAGACAAUUAGAUCUUUCAGUUCUAUCUCAAUUAUGGUCUUUAAACGAAUCGAUUCAAGACUAUAGACAGAUGCUACAAGAACAAGAGGAUAGAGUGUUGUCUCCACCAUCGCCUUCGCCAACUCCAUCAUCGGGAGAAGAUAUGGACGGCGAGGAGUUUUAUAUGUCUGCUACUUCUUUGAGCUUCAGAUCCACGGCAGCCGUUCCUCCAGGAAGGAGAACAAGUAAUUCGUCGAAUACUUCGAGUUUAGGUUAAUUAGUGAUUAUUGUAUGCAUUCCUGUUAAAUGGUGUGUAAGAUUAAGUGAUAAUUAUGUAGUGACAGCUAUUUUAUUGGGGUAUUUUGAGGAAUAUGAAGCGGAAAAAGGUAUUUGAUGAGAUUAUUCAUAUACUUAGUAUGUCAGUUUUAUUUUAUUAUUUGUAAUUGUUAUUUUGAUACUUUAUUAUAUUUUUAUUUACUUGAAUAAAGCUCAAACAACUGUUUAAUUUUAAUUUUCCUGAAUAAUAUUGGAUUUAAAAGAGGAAAAGAUUAUUAGAUAGAGAAUUGGACUAAAAAACUAUGAAAAUUUAGUGAAUUUUACUAUAAAAAUUGAGUUGGUGGAUUGAUUAAACUCAAUUUAUGUUAUAAAGACAAUUAAAUAAUUUAUUGCUGCCAAAUUUAAACGAAAUUAAGUAAAAUCGUGUGGUAAAACCAAAACAACAUUUGUACAACAAAAACGUAUAAAAAUACUGAAAUUAAAAGCUCAAAAUGAUGAUGUGAAAAUGUUAGGUUAGGUAUUUUCUUACUACUCAUGGCCACAAAAAUUGAAUAGGUGGCUUAGUUAAAUACAAUUUUUGCUAUAAACACAACUAAUAAAAACUUUAUUUCAUCCAAAUUGAAGCAAAUUUACUUCAAAAUCGUGUAGUAAAGACAAAUACUAUACAUAUAAAAAAACUGAAAUUAUAAGCUUAAAUAAUUGUUUCAUUAUAAUUUUAUAGUUUUAGAAUUAAAAAUCAAUAUAUUCUCGUAAAAACAUCUAAUAGAAGAUUAGAUUACAAAAUCUAUUUGAAAAUACAUAUUUAGGGACUUUAAAAUGAUUUAGAUGUUUGUUAUAUGUAUAAUUAAAUUAAGAUAAACGACUGAUUAAAUAUUAUUUUUAUGUUGAAUUUUCGUAUUUUACGAAUUUAUUCAAUUAAUUCAUCUGGAAAUGAUGGUGUAAAAAUGUAGGUAUUUAGUUAUGUACUAUCCAUUGCCACAAAAAUUGAAAAGGAGGCUUUGUUAUACUGAAUUUUUGCUAUUAAGAUAACAAGUAAAAAUGUUAUUGCAUCCAAAUUGAAACAAAUUUACUUUAAAAUAAUGUAGUUAAACCAAAAUAGCGAUUAAUACAAAAUCGUGUAGAAAAAACUGAAAAUAAAAGCUUUGAAAACCAA